UGGGUUUAGACUUUAGACUUUGGGGGAUACUGAAAUCAGAGAUUGUUCAUAAAAUUUUAGGAAUCCCAUUUGCCAUUUGCCAUACAUCAUCAUCCGCGAAAAUGGCGAAUUCAUCGGAAUCCAAUCCUCUUUUACCCAAACAAGAAGAAGUUGAGAUGAAAAUUGAGAAGAAAUCCGUCGGCAAGAAUAUCGAAGCUCCGGUUUCUGCGGCGAUUUCGGUCGGAUGGACCGCCGAUGGGCUACCGGUGGCUGAAUCCACGACGGAGAGGACCCGGUGGGAUUCUGGCCUCUUAUCUUGUCUUGGGAGGAAUGAUGAAUUCUGCAGUAGUGAUCUUGAAGUUUGUUUGUUGGGUAGUGUGGCUCCUUGUGUGCUUUAUGGGAGCAAUGUGGAGAGGCUUGGAUCUUCUCCUGGUACAUUUGCUAAUCACUGCUUGCCUUACACUGGUCUCUACCUUAUGGGGAAUACCUUUUUCGGCUGGAAUUGUCUUGCCCCGUGGUUCUCUUAUCCCAUCCGUACAGCCAUUCGCCGCAAGUUUAAUUUAGAGGGAAGUAGUGAGGCACUUGCAAGAUCAUGUGGGUGCUGUGGAAGCUCUGUAGAGGAUGAAGUUCAACGUGAGCAAUGUGAGACGGCCUGUGACUUUGCUACCCAUGUCUUCUGUCAUGCAUGUGCCCUUUGCCAGGAGGGGCGUGAGAUCCGCCGCAGGCUUCCACAUCCCGGCUUCAAUGCCCAGCCAUUCGUAGUCAUGAUUCCACCCGGGGAACAAACUAUGGGCCGUCAAGUAUAGAAACUUUUGGGCAUUAAGAGAAACCGUCUACUUUUAUACAAUUGUGAUGAGACCUCCUUUUUAAUUGUAUGUCUGUGUCAAGUGUGGUUUUCUUGGUCAAUUGUUAUGUGUAUAAGCCCUUCAUCGGCAGGAUGUGCGAAUUAUUGAAAUAUACUAAUAUACAGACUUUCUGGUUAAA